UGUCUCAUUUUUACUCUCAUCUGCUGCACAUUUCGGGUUUCUCUCCAGUUUGCGUCGCGUGCUGCGACCUGACGCGCCGCGCGUUUCCUGCGGUUCGUCCCGCAUCGGUGGCGAGCGUCGCGUGUUUAUACUGUAUUCAGUGCAAACACGGGGCUUGGUGCGUACAGUAGCCACAGUGAACGCUGCAGAUUUCCCCGUUGCUGUCUGUUCGCUGGAUCCCCACUGACGAUUAGCUCCUUGUAACCGAGAUCCCGCAGCCCGGUGCUGCAAGACGAGGUUAGCGUAGUUUAGCUUAAUGGGACUGUCCCGCCCACAAAAUGUGGCCAUAAAUCAAAUGAAAAUGCGUCACACACUUUUCUUCCCAUGCAUUUUGACCCAUUUGCUUCAUUCAUUCUACCUUCUCCCAGCUUUGAACCCUGCAGAUUUAAAGAGAAGUGCAGCUCUCCUCCUCUGCUGUCUGGCCACGCACAGGUUGGAUCGGUCUCAUAUGAAGUGUUAGCAUCAACCAAGCAGCUCUGGUGGAGAAACGUUGAUCAGUGGGUAUUCUAAGUUAGUCCAUCUCGAGGUGACGCCCUGCAGGGGCUCGCACCCCUCAUCCCCACGGCAGCAGUAACGCGAUUCCUUUCCCUCACUAGUCUCAGAACUGUGUUUAACACAGGAAACGGGAGAUACAUAGGUUUAAUCUGAAUGUGAAAAUCAAUGUCGUUAUUGUUGAGUAAACAAUUUCUCCUGUAAUAAAAGGCGUGCUGCAUAAUAAACCCACAUAAAGUUAUUUUACCAACAAUUUAUAUGCACAUAUCUGAGCGUAGUGGGCAAGCUUCUCAAACGUCUUGAUCUUCUGCUUUUUCUAUUUUGUUAUUAAAAAUUAGUCAAAACUUAAAUUUUUGCUAUUUAAAACAACAAAUGUCAUUUUAACCGUCAGAUGUUAGUUUAAUCACAGUUGUGAUGUUUUCAGAAAGUCACUACUCUUUUUUUCAUUUGUUAAUAAUUUACUGUAUCUCUCAAGUAACUUUACAAAUUUGCUAUGAAAGUGGAAUGAACCCAGGGUAAAUACCUACAAUUUCUUUAAAAUAACUGCUCAAGAUAAAAUAAUACUAAAUGAUAAAACUUCACCUAAACUAGUGAAAACACACAGCCUGAUGAUUUUUCUACAACCUAUAAAUAAUGUGUUGACUGUGCAGAAACUAUAGUUAGGUGCAAUGAUACAAGUGAUGUAUUGCAUACAUAAUACAUAGUAUUUUAAUGAAUGUAAAUAUUUGCUGUAUUUCUUACUGCUUAAUAAGUUAUUUUGGGUUUUUGGACUGAUAGUCACAUAAGUCUAUCAUUUAUAGGGGCUUUAUUAGCUACACAAGAUCCUUUGAUCUUUUACUAAUUAUUUACUCAAUGACCUGUUGCAGCAUCAUGAAAUUGAUUCUAAUCCCAAAUGCAAUGUAAUGUAAUAACAGAGCAGUAAAAGGUUUCAUCAUUCAGUUUAUAUUUCUGCAGUAUGAUGCUCUUGAAUUGUUAUAACAAAACUUUGAUGAGCAAAAUAUAAAGUUCAGCCCAUCUUAUUUUUGAGAGUAAAACACUUUCGCUAGCUUCUAAUGUCAAGGUAAAGUUACAGCUUCACCUGACGCCACUCCUCAGGUCAUCUUUCAGCACUACUCACUGCUCAGGUUCACGAGGUUUACGCUAAUCCCAGAUCAGUGGCUGUCUUGAUGGAAAUGGAGGCUGUAAAAAGUAAGUGCUUCCUGGUCUGUGGGGGGGGGGGGGGGGGGGGGUUGUCUGACCCUCCUAAGCGAGGCAGACAGACCAGUGCAAACACGGAAGCAGCCUCAAGCUGAGAGAGCAGCAGGGCUGGAAUCCUUUUCAUGUCGGCCAGCAGACGUCCCACAUCCCACACGUCUUAAUGUCUUUUUAUGGCAGCUUGGAAUCUUUAUGGCUCCUUCUGACUCAAUGGGAUUCACUGCAGAGACAGCAGGCUCCUCAGAAUGAGGGACACACAGGACGCUGCAGAAACAAGAUGCAGUCACUAAACAAGGCAUUGUCCUUCUCCUGGAAUGGUUUUAACCUUUGAAUCUCUCCAUUUAAAUUGGAAUACAUCACUUUUUUAAGCUCUGCAACCUUGGAAUUUAUGUCUGCUUUAUUUUGAGUUUUCACUUUGGACAGACUCUGAAGCCAGUGGAACUAUGUGUUUAAUAGCUUUUGUACACGUAAUGCGGCUGUUUGUGCCUGAUCCUCAGCAUAAAGUGCAGGGUAAUGAUUUAUUCUUAUAGUUCUGCAGGAGCAAAUCAUUUAGACCCGUCCAGAUCUUAUGGACAUAAGAAAUAACCACACUUAACACCUUUUGUCAUUAGGAGUAUGAUGUAUGAUGUACACAUAGGUCAUCACCACGUUAUCUAUUACUUACAGUAAUUUAAUAUAUUAUUUGUUUUUUCCCCUAAUCCCACAUAAUUUGCAAUGUUUUUUUUUCAGGACUGUGAUACUACAUUCAAAAAAUAUUACUUCUCAGAACAAAUUCUAAUUUCAGGAAACUGACUUCAUAAUAAAUGUUGCCUUUGAUAGUGACUUUAUGAAUUUAAGAAUUAAUGGAAUUCUCUGUUUCUUGCUGUCAACAAAUUGUAACAAGAUCAAGAUCGCCAUCUGUUGAUGCCUUCUCACAGAUUGCAACACUGCAAUCCUACAGUAUAUGUAGCUCCACAAACAGCUGUGUGCUGGUAACUGGUGUCAGCUGUGGAUUAAUGUAUUUGGUGUUCUUAAAUAUCACAGACAGUCAGGCCAUGCACAUGGGAUUCAAUUAAAAUGACUCUGAAUGUGUUUUGUGUGUGUUGAAGGUGAAGUAACAUUGUAAGUGUAUCACUGAAUGUGGUCGGUGGUUCUAAUGUGGGCCUUCUCUCUAGUGUUUGUAUAGGUACCGGCCUGUCGGACCCGCCCCCUUUGCAGCAGUGCGCUUACCUCUGGUUGCCAUGGGCCGAACACCACACAGAGAUCAAAAAGAAGAGAAGAAGGAGAGGCGAGGAGGCAUCACAGUCGGUUCUGCUCUCGACAAAUCUAACGAACCAUUCAGUUGGGAAGAUUAUCUGAGAGAAACAUCAUCCACUGCAGCUUCGCCUUCUUCCUUCAAACAGUCCAGAGUUCCCCCCUCAAAUGAUUUCAAAGUUGGUAUGAAGCUCGAGGCACGGGACCCGCGCAACUCCAACUCGGUGUGCAUUGCGACGGUAAUGGGCAUGAUGGGAACUCGGCUACGCCUGCGCCUGGAUGGAAGCGACAAUACUAAUGAUUUCUGGCGGCUUGUUGACUCACUGGACAUCCAACCCAUAGGAACCUGCGAAAGGAGCGGAGACAUGCUGCAGCCGCCGCUUGGUUUUAGAAUGAACGCCUCCUCUUGGCCCAUGUUCCUCCUGCGGACACUGAGUGGAGCAGAGAUGGCUCCUGCCUCUGCUUUUAAGAAGGAACCAGCCAGUCCUGCUAAAAACUUUUUUCAGCCUGGUAUGAAACUGGAGGCAGUGGACAGGAAGAACCCCUACCUGAUUUGUCCAGCCACCGUGGGCGAGGUCAGAGGUCAGGAGAUUUUCGUCAUGUUUGAUGGCUGGAGAGGCGCCUUUGAUUACUGGUGCCCCUUUGACUCCAGAGACAUCUUCCCCGUUGGCUGGUGUGCCCUGACGAAGCACAGCUUACAGCCGCCUGGAAACUUCUUUACCCUGCCUGGUGCGCUCCUAGCCCCUCUUUCUGCCACCUCCACCUCCCUCUCAACUCGCCGAUCUUCGUCCAACUCCUCCAUGCAGACCUCAUACCGGCUGCCCAACCCCUUGCCGCCCCUCCCUGUUCGGAAGGGCGUGCGAGGUCGACGUCCCAAAUCUCAGACUAUUGCUUUGUUGAAGGCUGCGGCAGAGGCAGCAGCAGCCGCUGCAGUAAAUGGAGCAUCACAAAGUCCUGCCAGAACUGGCUCCGAGGCUCAACUGGCCCCCAGAUCACACAAGAAGAGAGGACCCAAGCCCAAGAACAAGAAGCCACAGCUGGUGCAGUCUCUGGGGGCAGCAUCAGUUACAGCUUCGUCUCCAGAGACACGACUGAGCUCCAGUCAUGUCUCAGCCGACAACAACCACAGCAGCAGCUCAAAUGUAGUUUGCACAGUGUGCGUUUAUGUGAAUAAACACGGUGACUAUGGGCCUCAUAUUGACCGAAAACUAGUGCAGCAGCUCCCAGAUCACUUUGGUCCGGCUCCGGUCAAUGCGGUUCUUCAGCAGUCUGUUCAGGCCUGUGUGGACUGUACGUACCAGCCCUCUGUGCUGCUGUCAUUCCUACAGAGCCAAUCCCACACAGGAGGAGAAGUCAUUAGAGUUCGAUCAGAGCACGGCAUCCGCUACGUGAAGCUGCCCUCGGCCUCCAGCGCGUCCUCUGUGCUGCGCUUCCUGGAGAACAUGUGCCAACACCUAGAGAGCGACUGCCUGUUCAGCUCGCAGCCGUUCAGCCCCUACAGCAACAACACACGCUUCUACAACAGGACCAAGUCAGAACCAGUGACCCACGCUGAAAACAACCUGUCCAAUGACGAUUCCAUGAAGGACUCCGCUCCCAGCGCCCGCUCCCUUAAUGCUGCGACAGAUUACAGAGCAACAAAGAAAGAACGACAAUAUUACCCGGGGCACACUCACACACCUCCACCUCUACGAUGCGUCAGCUCCAACCCGACUGAACUAGGCCCCAUGUGCACACACAGACGAGUGGAGGCUGCCAGCUCAACAACAGGCCCAGACCAUGUGAAACAAGACAAGGAGGGUUCAUUAAAUGACGCUUCUUCCUGGUCUGUUGAUGAUGUCAUACGAUUUGUCCAAGAUGCUGAUCCCCAAACUCUCGGCCCUCAUGUCGAACUGUUCAGGAAACAUGAGAUCGACGGCAAGGCUCUGAUGCUGCUGCGCAGUGACGUCAUUAUGAAGUACAUGGGGCUGAAGCUGGGACCAGCGCUCAAACUCUGCCACCACAUAGAGAAACUAAAACAAACCAAGCAGUAGACGAUAAAGACUUUUUCACUGGCAACCAAACACAUUACUCUCUGUUUAGUGUGGCAUAAAUCAUCACUUUAAUUAAGGUUGUUUCUAGUUAUUGCAAUAAUUUGUAAUUUGCAUAUCUUUAUUUUAGUGUGUUUUUUGCCUUAUUAUAAGCACAUUUCCGCCCUAAUUUAUCAGUCUUUGGAGUUAUCUCUUCAUUUUGUACACACUGUAGAAUUUUUCAUCUUCAGAUGUCCGAAUGUUGAAACAUUUUGCUGUGAACAGAAUUUUAGGAUGGAUGCUCUGCUCUCAUGAUUGGGAAAGUUUGUUCAGGUACUGACAGUGAACGUCUCACUACAUCAUUUUUUACAAUGCAAUAAAUGUUUUCCAAAUGACUGCAUCUGUUACAGACUGUCACAUUUAGUUUAUGCAAGCCAGACAAUGAGACUAACAGACUACUGAGUGGUAGAAAGUGCUGAGUUACAGUUAUGUUUAUGGGUUUUAUUCAAAAAUGUGAUUAUGUGUUGUUACUGUCAGAUUUAUGAGAUGACUGCAACUGAGUGGAAAGCAUUCCAUAAGCAGAUAUUAGCACCUGAAAUGUUUUUUUGUUUUUUUUACAUUUUGUUGUUUUUUGUGCUGGAAGACAUUCAAACGUGACAGAUUCAGGUUGAACACUGAUCUGGCUAAAUGAUUGUAUUUUGCUUUUGACAGUCACACUAUCUACAAAACACAUGACUGGAAAACCUUCGGUGUUGUCACAUUACAACUAAGCAAGUGCUGUUUGAAAAAAGUGAACGUGAGAGAGUACUGUACAUGAUAGAGAAACUGUUUUGUAUAAAGUCAAGCCAAAAGGUUGUUUUUUUAAAUAUCGUUUUUGUACUGUAACAAAGUGUAUCCACCUGUAACAAGUGUAAGUGUAAUCCCAAUGUUUUCUGCCUGAAAUAGUUUUUUUGUGCACCAUCAAAUAACUACUUACAAGACAAUGUUGUGUCAGAUGAAUUUUUCACCUCAAUUAUUUAUCUGUUUUAUUGGCACACAGGCAUUUUCUGAACAUUUCAGACCCAUGUUCAAGCCGAACCAUGUUUGUUGUAGCUACAUUUCACACUGUUGCGCUCAUGUAGUGGUAACAAGUUCAUACUUGAAACAGUGUUGCUUUAAUGUAAAACUCAGGUUUUAGUAGGAUUUGUUUUUAGAAUAUGUUCUGCAUUCUUAGAAUUUGUGUUUGUGACUGCAACAUUGAAGGACUGCACAAUAACCAGCUACAGUAUGUCUAUGUUUUAUGCCUUGUCAUAAAUCGUGCCCUGCAACAUUUCAUGUGUGUAAAAAAUACUUUUUACUGUACUGUAAGUUUAACAAAAGAUGUUUGUUACAGUACAUAUGUUUGAUAUGCAUUCAGUAAUUAAACACUUGUUUACACCA